AAAGUGUGUUUUCCUUCCAGUGCCUUUCCGUGAGGCCCCUGCCUACUCCAAGCGCCGGCGGGGUCCGUCCUCUGGCAGCGGAAACGGCCAGUCCCCGUCCUCGCUGUCGGCGCCCCGGGUCCUCCUGCGCUCCAACAGCGACAACAACCUUUCUGUGAGCCAGUACCAGCAGCAGCAGCACGGUUCCCCUGGAAACUGGGCCCCCCAUCUGCAGCAGCACCAGAGCCACCAACAUCGGGCCCCCCAGCAGGGCCACGCGCAGCCUGGCUCCUCCGCUUUGCACCGCAGCCUGUCCCCCCAGCUGGUCCAGCAGAUGCCCAGCGGCAGCCCCAAUGGCAACGUGGUGGUCCGCACUAUGGGGCGGGGGGCCAGGAGCCGCUCCCCCUCCCUCAGUCGGCUGGGCGAGGAGAGCCGGCGGGCUCAGACCGCACAGCGCCAGCCCAGCCCCAGCGGUCACGGCGAGGCGCCCGGCCCCAGGAGGAAGCUGUACAGCGCCGUUCCAGGCAGACACUUCGUGGUGGUUCGCUCUUACUCCGCCCAGGCUGAGGGAGAAAUCAACCUCUACAAAGGCGACAGGGUCAAAGUUCUGAGCAUCGGAGAGGGGGGAUUCUGGGAGGGCAGCGCCCGCGGCCAGGUGGGCUGGUUUCCGGCCGACUGCGUGGAGGAAGUCCCGGCCAAGGCCACCGAGGAAAGGACCUAUUCCCGAGCGGACCGGGCCGACAGACGGAAACUCUUCAGACAUUACACCGUGGGCUCGUACGACAGCUUCGACGCCUCCAGUGACUGCGUGGUGGAUGAGAAGACGGUGGUGCUCCAGAAGAAGGAGAAUGAGGGCUUCGGCUUCGUCCUGCGCGGGGCCAAAGCCGACACGCCCAUCGAGGAGUUCACGCCCACGCCGGCCUUCCCGGCGCUGCAGUACCUGGAGUCGGUGGAUGAGGGCGGUGUGGCCUGGCAGGCGGGGCUCCGGACGGGCGACUUCCUCAUCGAGGUAGGAGCUUCCACAACCGGCUUCCUGGUUACGUCUUCUGCAGGAAAACGGAUGGGUUUGAAUCCUCGCGGUGUCGUAAGCUUCCUGAAGACGAACUUUAGAAGCUCCUGAGCCUUUUGCUUCCGGUCUGUUAAACUGGUCUCUUUAGACAGAGGAGAAUAAUCUGCUGGCAGGUUCUCCUGCCUGUAGAAAUGUGGGAUUGUUCAGAGGUUUAGCAAAGUUUUUUACAUUGUGGUCCAAGUUUGGGUCUGUGUUUUUUUUGUAGUGUUGUUUGCAGCUGGCUGUUGGAGGCCACAGUUAGCAAAGUUAGCAUUAUCAAUGUAAACAUCAGUUUAUUUAGGAGAAGCUGCAUCUACUCAGAGAUUUCUCCACAACCAGCACAUUAAUGAAGCUGAAAACUUUCAAAGACUGUUCCUCUGUGGUGGGUAAACUGGUAUUAAACAUGGAUACAUUUAUGUGUAUUUCUAGUUAAAUAAAUAAAAUGAAAAACAAGUCACUCUUUAAUCAUGAUGAUGAUCCCAUGUGGUCAUAGGUUGACAGAUCACUAGCUGUGUUUCCAUCAAAGAUUUUUUUUAAAUUCGCAUUUUGAACUAAUGAAAAGGUUUGAUAGAAAUUCAAAAUAACUUCCUCAAUUUCACAAAAACAUUUUUUUACUCUCACUUGAGGUUGUAUUGGGCUUUUCUGAAAAAGGCUAAAGUGUAGAUGGAAACAUAUUUGCAGAAUAAAUCCUGAUGUAGCAAAGGCUCCGUCCGCUGGCGCCUUACCAGAGGCACGGCGCUCAGAAAGUCCAAACCUCUGAGCAGGUCUGACGCCAUUUCUCUGAGGUCCAUGCUAGUUUUCAAUUUUUGCUUCUGGUUUAUUAUUCAUGCGAAGCGUUAAUGUCUGAUGAAAUUACGAUUCUGAUUUUUUUUUUCCUAAAUCACUGUCAGAUGUUGUUGCUGUGAAAAUCCUCAAUAAAACUGAGAAAUGUU